AUGGCAGAAUUUACAGAUGAGCUGGACCCGUUCUGUCCAUUCCAAGUUGGCCAAAUAGCGCCAUAUUUCUUUGAGCAUUUCCGUCCUCGUGGAGCGGCCGUUGCCGCGCCCAAUGUGCGGUCCAAAGCACAUCGCGGGCGGUCUGGCGCCGACGCCCGCAUCGAUAUUCACAUUACCAACCACUAUGCCGCCAAGAUUUACACGACCGGCGCCAGCAUCACCGGCGUGGCCGUCAUUCGCGUCCCGCGCGACACGCCGUUUGACCGCGUCGUCAUUCAGUUUGCGGGCGUCGCCGCCACGCGCAACUACAUGAUGCCCGAGAUUGACCAGGUCCUGCACCACUUUCUGCUCCUCGACAUGCCCCCCGUCUCCAAGACGACGGCAACGACGACGACGACGACGACGACGACAACGACAACGACGCCUCCGCUGCUGCCGUCUGACCGCAUUCUCCGGCCCGGCCGCACAUACACGCUCCCGUUUCACUUUGUCGUGCCGGAGCGCUUGCCCCUCGGCGCCUGCAGCCACCGCUGCGAGCACCCGUCGGUGCGGGAGCACCACCUGCGCUUGCCGCCUAGCACGCGGGCCUGGGGCGACCGCGACGACGCCAGCCCCGAGACGGCCAGGGUGCAGUACUGCGUGUCGGCGUCGGUGCUGCAAAGAUCAGUGUUUGCGCCGGAGCCCGUGUCGGUGCUGCGCGGCUACCACGAAGUCAGCGUCUUGCCGGUCCAUGCCGAGGAUGCACCGCUGGACGUUGGGCGCGGCGAGGGAGGGGACAAGGGCGCAGCAGAGUACAAGCUCACGAGUUCAAAGGUGCUGAGAAAGUCGCUGGUGUCGCGGAAGAUGGGCACCGUGGCUGUCGAGGCGGCGCAGCCUCGUGCUGUCGUCAUUUCCUCUGAUGCGCGUCAUGUGUCACGGACUCGAAUAGCACUGAAAUUUGCAUUCAUCCCUACGGCACGGAGAGAUGGUGGCGGCGCUUCAUCAUCAUCAUCAUCAUCAUCAUCAUCAGCAUCAGCAUCAUCAGCAUCAUCCCCUGGCGGCGCUAGCUCCGAGGAAGCGCUGCUGCCCACGGUGCAUUCCAUCACGGCCAAGCUCGUCGCCAAGACCUACUACAACGCGUCGCACAUGGGCGCCUUUCCGGACCGGGACCGCAGAAACGAGCUCAACUACGGGGCGUCAAUGUACUAUACCGACACCAGCCGCACGACGGAUGUGCAGUUUGACCGCGACCAGGGCUGGACGCGGGUGCACAAGAACCAGGCGGACCACCACCAGUCGAGCGCGAGCGCGUGGGCCAUGGCGCUUGAUGCCGGUUUUCAGCUUCCAGUCGACCGCAAAAAGAUUUUGCUGCCGACUUUUCACAGCUGCCUGCUGUCGCGGACAUAUACACUGCGUCUUUUCGUAUCCAUUGGCCCUGGACGAAUCACCAUUGCACUGUCGGUGCCUCUGCAGGUCAUUGUGGAACCUGGCCCUGCUACUGUUCCUCGUCCUCCUCCGGAGGACGGUGUUUCUGAACGCGGGGUGACUGAUGUUGCACUGCCGAGAUACAAGGACCAUUUGUUUGUGCAAAGACGAUACGACGACGAUAUUAAUACUCUGAUACCUCCUGAGAUUGGCAUAAUCAUGUAG